CGACUCAGCCAUAUUGAAAUAUUGAAUGUCUCUGUUACACAAGGGCUCAAGAGUAGCCGUGAAAUUUUCGCGUGAUCCUCGACGAAGAGAGGAUAAGAGACAUUAUGGAGAAUAUGUACAGCAUUGCUGUCGCCAACAAAUAUCAGUUAGCAUUGGGUGAUGACGAAGACCCUCACGAGAAGCUUAGAGAAGAGGAACUUAAAAAGGAAGCGAAGAAAAAGGAGAAGCUCUCCGAGAAGGAGAACAAGAGUAAGCAGCCGGACGCGCAAAAGCCAGCCGGUAAUAAAACGCAAAAAAACCGCGUGAUCAAAGAUGCCCAGCAACCCGCAGCCAAGGUGCAAGAAUUGAAGAAAGAUCAAGUCGGUGAAAAGAAACCAACCCAACCGAGGACUGGCGGCGGAGACCGUAAUGUGAAAUUUUCUGGAGAGAGCAGGGAAGAGAGGAACAAUAGACGUAAUCGCGAAGAUGGUGAACGAACUCCUCGUGGCCAGGGAGAAAUAAGACGAGGACCUCCUGGUGAGGGACGUGAAACUCGAGAAUUUCGAAACUCGAAUGAUAAUCAACGUGGAGAGUAUGGAGAACGCAGGGGUCGUGGAGGACUGCGUGGAGUAUCACGAGGACGUGGUGGGUCUCGCGGUCGCGGUGGAUAUGACUAUCGUGGAAAGCGCGAGUUCGAUCGCCAAUCUGGCUCCGAUAAAACUGGAAUUAAACCAGUGGAUAAAAAGGAUGGUGCUGGCAGCCACAACUGGGGAACCCACAAUGAUGAAAUUGAAGAGAGUAUGAAUCAAGAGAGUCAAGAUUGGGCAAACGAGAAGCCUGACGGAGACGCUACUCAGGCGUCCCCGGAGGUAAAGGAAGGGGAGACGACUACAGACGCCGUAGAGGAGAAACCGGCUGAAGAGGAAUCGCGUGAAUUGACAUUGGACGAGUGGAAAGCUCUGCGUAACAACAGAGUGAAGCCGCAGUACAACUUGCGUAAGGCCGGAGAGGGCGAAGACUUGACACGCUGGAAAAAAAUGUAUGCACUACAAAAGAAGAAGGAAGGAGCCGAGGACGAGGAUGACGAGGAAGAGGAGUACGAUGCGGCGGCAGAGUAUCCUCAACGCGUUGGCAGACAGAAACGCGUGCUUGGUAUUGAGAUACAAUUCAGUGAUUCACGGCGCGGUGCCGGUGGACGUGGCCGGGGAGGUCGUGGACGAGGCGAACGAGCCAACAGUCGUGGUUUCGGCAACCGUGGGGCUCCAAGAGACGGAGACUCCCGUGGUCCUCCUCCACAAGCUGAACAAAGGUCGCCUCGAGGACGUCAAAAUGCUCCGAAAGUAGACGACGAGAAUGAUUUUCCCUCGUUGGGAUAGGUGGUUCGGCUUGUACGCAGUUCAGUAUCCCACCAUUACCACCGCCACUACCAGCAUCAGUACCACCACAGAUAAAAACCACUAAUACUAAAAACUAUUACUAUCGACAUUUUUGCGUCAGUGACAAACGUUAUUAAUGCAUAAUACAGUACACCCUUGCAAAAUGAGAUACGUAAUUUACCUAAAUAAAUCGCAGCGCUUUGAGCGCGCUCAUACAUAUUGGCACGAAAAAAACGUACACACGAGAAGUCGCAUGAUACGAAACAAUGUAGAUCACAAUCCUUUUUUGUACUUGUAACAACUCGAGUUUGACUGUGAACCAGUUCACAGACGGACGCUAUUAAAAGAAAAAAAAGAAAAAAAAAACUAGGCUGGAUAUUCAUAGACUUCUGCGUCGAAUAAUCGUGAAACGUAGAUAACAAACAGACGGAGAACAUCUUUCUUUGUCCAGUGGUGCUUAUGUUUUACGACUAUUCGACGCACACGAAAACGCAAAAGAAGAGAAAUAUGAAAUUCCACUUGGUACGAAUGGAGGUGAGGCAACUUGGCCUUGAUUUUAAUUUCGAUUUCGUAUGUAUCGAGGGCCUAAGAAGGCUGGCCAUAGCACCGACUCUUACGGACACGUGUAUAAUAACUUAUUAGGCGGUAAAUUUUAAACAUUCUUUCUGUUUUAUAAUUUUUAUACGGUGUUUGGAGAAGCCUUCCUUGUAAUACAACAAGCCGUUGCUUGCUGUCCAUAAAACGUAAGAGAUGAAACGUAACAGUUUUCUUCGGUAGAAGUGAACAAUUUUUAAGGAUCGUGUUUCUGUCGAAGAGAACUCGUACGCUUUACGUCUCGUGUUUCACGGGCAACGAGUAACGUCUCUGAUAUUGAAAAAAGUGUCUACUUGGGUACGCCAAGUUUGGCUUAUAUAGAAAUAUAUAUAGAUUUUUUCCUUUCAAAGAUGUAACCAAUCUGUAAGAAGUUAACGUUUAAGUAAAUAUUAGACACACGACACACACACACACGGACAUAAAACAUGAUUCAGCUUUACAUAUAUAUAUUGUAUAACAAGUUUAAUGAGGGCGAUCGAGACACUUCGAGAGGGAAGAUAGGAUCAACCCAGUCUUAUAUAGUUGCGUUGUACGUCGAUCAUGUUCUUAAUUAUGACUCCCUACAUUAGUUAUCUAUUGUAUUUGUUACAUGUAAAAUGAAAUGAGAUAUCACAGCCAAAAGGAAUCCGAACCCUCUUCGUAAAUGCGGGAAAAGAAAAAUAAAAAAACGUUAUAAAGCUGUUCGGAGCUUAGGAAUAUGUGUAAAUAAUAUGAUAUUUACAAUAAUAAAUCGUGACACAUUAAGUCACUCUGGACUUUACUACUUAACCAGUCGACUUACGGAGAGAUACUCUAGAAAGGGUUUUUACUUGUGCAGUAUGUAAAGAAUGUGAGUACAAAACAAAAUCACUGUAUACCACCUUGCAUCAAAGUCUGCUAUAAGGGCGCGAUUAAACGAAUUGGGCGUCACUGAAUGCUUUGGGAAAAAGAAAAUAUGAGAGGUGCUGUACCCAAUAAAAAGUUAUGACUCGAAUUUUGA